AGUACAGUCUCCAUUCAUCUGUAAUCAAUGAGCCGCAAUCUUUGACUCAGUACUCCAACAGCCCACCCACAAAGCGGUGUCGUCUCGCUCCUACUAAACUCCACUUUUGGUCCUCAUGACCGUUACAAUCCCUACUAUUCAACCAUCAACGUCCCCUCCAAACCGACCACGGCGCCUCUUUGAUCCACGUCUCCCUCUCUCUCUCUCUCUCUCUCUCUCUCUCUCUCUUUCUCUGCAAACAUACCCAUUUCCUUCCUCUCCAAUUUUCUUCGACGUUAUUCAUGUAUUAUUCCGCACCCAUGCCUCCAAGAAAGCUUCUUGUUUUCUUGACAAUAUUUCUUGCUGUUCACUUCGCCUUCUCUGACCCUUCUUUGGCCUCAGCCAACGAUAUCAAUCUUGAUUUCCUUUCUUUCACGCUCCGCAACUUCACUCUCCUUGGUGACUCCUACCUCCGAAAUGGCGUCGUCGGGCUCACCCGAGAGCUCGGCGUGCCCUCUUCCGGUGCCGGCACCGUCAUCUACAACGAACCCAUCACCUUCUUCGAUCCCGAAUCCAACGUCACUGCCUCUUUCUCCACUAGUUUCUCUUUCUCCAUUCUUAAUGUCAAUCCCAGCUCCUAUGGGGACGGCUUAGCAUUCUUUCUCUCGCCGGAUAACCAGACUCUUGGGAGCCCAGGAGGAUAUUUGGGCCUCGUUAAUUCGUCCCAGUUGACCAAGAACAAGUUCGUGGCAAUCGAACUCGAUACCCGCCUCGACACGCACUUCAACGACCCGAACGAUAACCAUGUCGGGUUGGACAUCGAAAGCCUUAAUUCUAUCAAGACCGGGGAUCUACUCUUGCAGGGGAUUGAUCUCAAGAGUGGCAAUUCGAUCACAGCUUGGAUUGAUUACGCGAAUGAUAGAGGAAAGCUUAAUGUUUCUUUAAGUUAUUCGAGCUUUAAGCCCAAGAAGCCGGUGCUGAGUGUUGAUAUUGACCUUUCUGAUUAUCUCAAGGAGGUCAUGUAUGUGGGAUUUUCGGCUUCAACCGAGGGGAGUACCGAGCGUCAUUUGAUUGAGACUUGGAGGUUUACUACUUCCGGUUUUGUUGCGGCGAGGCCAAGGUCACGUCCCCACAAUGUAUCUGAUACCUCGGUGACGGUCACCCCACCCAUUCCCGCAUCGAGUUCCAGUGGUAAACAUCACAGUAGGAUUGGUUUUGGUUUUGGGAUCGCUGGUCCGGCUUUCUUCUUCGUAGUUCUUGCGGUUUUCGGUUUCGUUUCUCUUAGGAAAUUGAGAGGCAUCAGGAAGCAGAUGAGCUUCAAAGCGGAGCUGCUUACAGGGCCAAGAGAAUUUACUUACAAGGAGCUAAAGUCAGCCACAAAGGGGUUUCAUUCCAGCAGGAUAAUAGGCCACGGUGCGUUUGGGACCGUUUACAAAGCCAUUAUCACCUCGUCUAAAGUGGGAACGACGGCCGCAGUAAAAAGAUCGAAACACUCCCACGAAGGGAAGACUGAAUUUCUCUCAGAACUGUCUAUUAUUGCUGGUUUGAGGCACAAGAAUUUGGUUCAGCUCCAAGGUUGGUGUGUUGCUGAGGGUGAGUUGCUGCUUGUUUAUGACUUCAUGCCCAAUGGGAGCCUCGAUAAGGUGCUGUACCAAGAAUCUGGGCAAGGCACUUUGUUGGAUUGGUCGCAUAGGCUUAACAUUGCGGUCGGGUUGGCUUCUGUUCUGACAUAUUUGCAUCAAGAAUGUGAACAGAAAGUCAUUCACAGAGACAUAAAGACAGGGAAUGUGUUGCUGGAUGGGAGCUUUAACGCGAGGUUGGGUGAUUUUGGCUUGGCAAAACUCAUGGACCAUGACAAGAGCCCUGUCUCGACUCUUACUGCUGGAACGAUGGGCUACCUUGCACCUGAGUAUCUUCAGUAUGGGAAAGCAACUGACAAGACAGAUGUUUUCAGCUACGGUGUGGUUAUACUUGAAGUGGCUUGUGGGAGAAGGCCAAUUGAGAGAGAACCAGAAAGUCUCAAAAUGGUGAAUUUGGUUGAUUGGGUGUGGGGAUUGCAUGCAGAAGGAAGGAUAAUUGAAGCAGCUGACACAAGGUUGAAUGGGGAGUUUGAGGAGGAAGAGAUGAAGAAGCUGUUACUGGUGGGCUUGAGCUGUGCAAACCCGGAUAGCGCAAAGAGGCCUUCAAUGAGGAGAGUCCUACAGAUCCUUGAUAAUGAGGCGGAGCUACUAGCUGUGCCAAAGAUGAAGCCGAGUAUCACUUUCUCUUACUGCUUGCCUUUGAGCCUGGAUGACAUUGUUUCAGAAGGUGAAGAAGAGUGCGAGACCCACACCUCUUUGUGCGAGAUUAAAAUAGACUGAAGGAUGAAUUCAUGUUUUCUUGUGCAGAGCUUAUUGAUUGCUCGAUUCUUUCAUUCUUUUAGUCCUAUUGUAGUGUUAUCAAUUCUCUAGUUCAGAAAAUAGAGGCUGUAGUUUCACUGGCGUGAGUUCAAAACAAUUCCAUUGAACUAUCUGGUCUCUGCUGUAUCCAAUGGCAUAAGAAACUUUCUUAAAUGUCUUAAAAAAUGUAUUGGUUCUCUGCCAUAACUCAUCUUUGCGGCUUUGGACUCUUUAAGAACAUAUUACCACCGCAGUAAUGUCCAUAUAUGAAGUUAAAAGCGAUACUGCUUCCGUUUUCUCGAGUAAUUGAGCUCCAUUGUAAAGCACUUAAUUAUGAUCUGUUUGUAGCUUAGGUCAUGAAUUGAGAGUAUUAGGAUUAGCGCAUGAACUUCAAAAUAAGAUGUAUGCUUUGAUUUAAGCUCAUCUUUUGCUCCUAAGGUUCGGAUUCUUUGAUUAUUCAUGUGUACAAAAACUAUGCUUCACAGAACACUGAUAUUGAGUUUGGUUUAAAAAAUAGUAAGAAUAUGGACCUGGGGAGUUGUCUCCAUCCAUUGCAAACCCAUCCCUUUUUAGGGGAGUUUAGGACUGCAGGGGUGGUAUUUGUUUUGAAUACCAAGCCUUAUCUUUGUAUUGGAAAUGGAAUGAGCUUAAGAAUUGCAUAUGAACUAAUUACAGAAUGUGUAUCAGAAAACUCACGUAAACUCCAAUUCAUGACUCUGAAGUAUUCUUCUCAUAUCUUUCUGGAUGGAGAAAACCUCCGGACAAGGCAAAGACAGUACACCAGAAAGAUCUGCAAUCAGAACACCCACAGUUUUGAGUUUGGGAUGCUCAAAUCAAGCUGAGGUGACUUCUUGCUUGACUUGUGUCGCUGAUGUCCUAGGCCGCAACGCUUAAGACAUGAUACUUUGCAUGCCUCCCAGUAUUCAUUGUUUUGCUGUAUAAAGUAUCCCGCCUCAGUUUGAUCUGACUUCCAUUUCAUGCUUUCAUUUGUGAUUUUGGAAUUGUACAGCCGCCUGGGAUCUUUUUUCACUGGCACGUUGCAUUUCACCACAGUUAUGUAUGGCCACAACAAGUUGUUGGGACUUCAAAUAAUUGCAUGGCUCGGAAUCUAUCGCAAGCCUGAUAAGAAGCCCCUUAUCACAAGCUACAUGGGAAAAUGAUCUCUCCAAAUUGACUAUCAUACUUCCAAAUACAAAAGUAACAGUUCAGCCUAUGAACCUUUGGUUGAUCAACAUUAUUAAAGAUUCAAAUCAUGACAGAUUUGAUCAUUAUCAUGAUGAGGAAAACCAACAGCAGCAACAACAAAGUCGAAAGAAUUAGCACAGGAUAUAUGUACCAUUUUCUAAACAUGAUGAUCUGAAGCGUACAGCCCAGUUUAGAAGAAUCUAUCACACAACAGCAAAUUAAUUAAAUUCAGAUGAGCAAAAAUUUGUAAAGAAUGGAGUAGUACUGAAGCAUGUCGGGCCAGCAGGGAUAUUAAAAAGCCUUCGUAUAUACUAAAACGAUUAUACAGAAUCUCAUGAAUUAUUGUCAUGAUCUUGUGAUUCGGUACUGGUGGGCGGGUGUUUUCUUGAUGCAUGUACGCCUUUGUGGUGACAGACGUACUGUAUCCUCCCAAGCUAGCUGCUACCAACAGAUAUAAGCUGAUCCGUGCCUCACUUUGUAAAAUUCUAAAAUGGCUUUCUUCAACAAAAGUGCCCCAUGGAAGGGUUUUCUUGUCAGCAAAUGAAAAAUAUUAUGGAAAUACAAAGAACCUUUCCGGUUCCUAACUAGGGGGGAUCCAGGAACUGACAUUUUGUAGUUAUAGAAGGUGUACAUGCAUAUGCCCUUCGAGACUGAUAUCCUAGUAGAUUUUUACCUGAAGUAAAGAUCAUCUAGAUCUGUCCCAUUAUUAAUGUUAACAUUCAUCGGCCACCCUGAUCACAAAACGAAAAUUAGUUCCUAAAGAUUUUAAGUUAUCGCUUAGGAUCAUCCACCCUGAUCUUUCAAGUCUUGAUCAUUUCCUUUCUCAUAAUAAGAAUAUUAAUUAGCAUUUCCUUCGGUCCAUGAAGAGAAAGAUCUUCAAAACACUGUUACAUCAAAUAAAAGGUUCGCAACAAUAAAAUAGCAUUUUGAUUACGAAAGUAUGAUCUGACCUGUAAGGACAAACAGGAUCCACACGGUGCUGGUGAUCACACGACAGACAUAAUUAAUUACAGUACUGUCGUGAAACGUUGUUGACA